AUUCACAUUAAAAAUUUCUAUUUGGCCGAGUUAUAUUUUCUAAAAAUUGAUUUUAUUUAUACAAACGAAGUCCGUUUAAAUAAUUUCUUUUCUAUUUGUUUAUUUUCAACAAAUUCAAAAAAAAAUAUUUUUUUUCCAAUUUCACAUCUUAGUUACUUGGCAUUUUUUGUGAUUACAGUCUGUAAAAACAACAAUGCCACAGAUAACAAUAGAUGAACGUUUAAGUUGACAAAAUGAAUGGUUUGCAGCAAUUUCAUAAUUGUAAAUUAUUAAGAAAUGGAAAAUUAAUUUAUGAUAAUUUGUGGGUACUUAACGGAGUAAUCGUUGAUCCGGAAAAACUUUUUUACGAUGAAAAAGUUAAAGCCGAAAAUGUUAUUGACUGUCAAAACGCUAUUAUUUCUCCUGGAUAUAUCGACCUUCAAAUAAAUGGUGGCUUCGGAGUUGAUUUUUCAUACAAUGUUGAUCAUGUUGAAGAUGGAAUUAAUAAAGUUGCAAAAAAUUUAUUAGCACAUGGUGUAACAUCAUUUUGUCCAACUUUAGUUACAUCAUCUGAUGAAACUUAUCGUAAAAUUCUACCAAAAAUUAAAAAACGUCCAGGUGGGAAACAUGGUGCUACUGUUCUUGGUGUACAUGUUGAAGGCCCAUUCAUUAGCCCUACUAAAAAAGGUGCACAUCAAGAAAUAUACAUUAAACAGUUCCAUAAUGGAUUCCAAACAGUCAUUGAUGCUUACGGAGAUCUUGAAAAUAUUUCUUAUGUAACUUUAGCACCCGAAAUCGAUAAUUCUUUCGACGUUAUUAGAGAACUGUGUGACAGAAACAUAAAAGUAUCCGUAGGUCAUUCAGUAGCAAAUUUAAAGCAAGGUGAAAAUGCUGUCAAACACGGAGCAUCAUUCAUAACACAUCUUUUCAAUGCUAUGCUACCGUUUCAUCAUAGAGAUCCUGGUUUAGUCGGUCUUUUAACAUCUGAUAAAAUUUCAUCCUCAAAAAAAAUUCAUUUCGGUAUCAUUGCUGAUGGAGUUCAUACACACCCAGCAGCACUACGUAUUGCUCAUCGAACACACCCUGAAGGUCUUGUACUUGUGACGGAUGCCAUUUCUGCACUUGGUUUACAAGAAGGCUUGCAUCGACUCGGCCAACUUGAUAUCGAAAUAAAAUCUGGUCAAGCAUAUAUAGCCAAAACAGAUACAUUGUGUGGAAGUAUAGCAGCGAUGUCAGAAUGUGUAAAAUUUUUCAAAAAAGCUACAGGGUGCUCCAUUGUCGAAGCACUUGAGGCUGCAACUUUACAUCCUGCACGAGCUCUAGGACUUCAGUCACACAAAGGAAUACUGAACUUCAAAGCUGAUGCUGAUUUUUUAUUACUAAAUGAUAAUCUCGAUGUUCUCUCAACUUGGAUUGCUGGUGAAUGCGUAUAUCAAAAUCAAACUGCUAAUGUUAGCCGUUUUGCUUGAGAUACAAUACAAAUAUAUGUAUAUACAUAUAUAUUAGGGUGCGUCAUUUCGGAGCAACUUUUUUUUUUAAGUGCAUGUGAAAAAAACCAUAGUUCAACACAAAAAAAAAAAUUUCACACAAGAAAAAAAAUUCUAUGUCGAUGACAGACCUAGCUCAUUGAAAAAUUCGAUUUUCCCAUUUAAAUAACAUGGGAAAAUUUUUUUUUUAGCUUUAAGUAUUUUUAACUCGUUUACAAAUAAAUAGAUCGAAUAGACUAAUACAUAUUUUUGUAGAAAAUUGAACUCUCUCCAAAAAAGGUGUCCUAUUCUUUUUGAUAAAUCCACCUGUUCAAAAGUUAUUAGAGCUGGAAGUAAAAUUGGAGAUCUUUUUACUUUUCCGGCGAAACCAUCAGACUUAUCACAAAAUGUUCUUGGGUCUUUUUUGUUAAUAAUUUUAUUCUCUACAAAUUAUUUUCAGUAAAGUUUUUUCAAAUUCCGCAUUGUUUUCUAGUUAUUUUCAAUUCAAUGGAGACGUCUUGAAAGAAGAAGAGACCUUUUUUGUAGAGCGUUCAAUUUCAUACAAAAAUAUGUAUUAUUCUAUUUGAUCUUUUGAUUUGUUAACGAGUUAAAAAUACUCAAAGUUAAAAAAAAACAAUUUUCCAUGUUAUUUAAAUGGGAAAAUCGAAUUUUUCAAUGAGCUAGGUCUGUAAUAGACGUAAUUUUUUUUUUCUUGCGCGAAAACUUUUUUUUAUGUUGAACUAUGAUUUUUUCCACAUGCACUUAAAAAAAAAUGUUGCUCCGAAAUGACGCACACAGUAAAAAAUAUUGUGUAUCUGUGUUAAAAACGGUCCGUGUUAAAUUUUUUGUGUUGAUUAUUUUGUGUCAAAUCAACACAUUUCUUUAUGUUACUUUAAAAUUUUCAAUCGAUUUACUAUUCAACACUUCAAAAGUGUUACCUAGUAUAAAAAUCGAUACUAUCAAAAUUUAUUAAGUGUUACUUUAAAAUCAACACAAAAGAAGUGUUGAAGCGGCAGUAGGAUUAUGUUAAAAAAAAAUGUCUCCCUACUAUUCACGUGGGUAGCGCCAUCAAGCAUUAGUCCUGCUUAGUUAGUUAUUAUUUUCGUGACAGUGAUUUUAUUUAUUUUCAAUUGGACAUACAAAAAUUAAGUUGACAAAGUUCAUGAUUCGUAUAGCUUAAAAAAAAAUACUUAAAAAAUUGCACCUGUACCCUGGUUAAAAAUACUGAUUGAAAAGAAUUGAGAAGUGGCCACUCCAUGCAAACUGUAUAUCUAUAUAUACAAACAAAAGAACUGAAAUUAUUGAAAAUAAUUCGAAUUUCAUCAUUUUUGAUUCUUUUCAAUCAAUAUUUUUAAACAGCCUUGACGGUUUUAAAUGGUGGGUACACCGUGUAAUCAUCGUGGAAUCACGGUAAAAACGGGUAGCGGCGCAUGUACGCGCGUUGAUAGAAUCAAUAGCACAAUCGAAAAAAAUUAUUUUAACCGAUUAAAUAUAAAUAUUAAGAAAUGAAAAGAAUGUUGUACUUUCUAAACACAUGGAUUAAUAAUAAUCCACGAAAAAGCAAUUUUACCCCAAUUUUUCAAUUGACUAUACUUUUGUUAAUUAGUUAAUUUUUACAUGUUGAAAGUUUAUAUAAAAAUCCUGAUUAUUUUUUCUAAACUAAGGAUUAUUUUCACUUCUUGAAGUUAUUCUUGAAAGGGUUUAGAAAAAAUCGCGAUUGGAAAAAUUAAAAAAUUUCGAUUUUCACUUUUUUAUUCCCAAUCUAAGGAAUUGAAAAACUAAAAAUGUAAAUAAAGUAAUCAAGAAAGUUAUUUAUUUAUAUUUCGAUUAUUUUGUUUUUUUAUUGCUAAAAGCUACAUAACAAUAAUUUUAAAAAUUUUUUUACUUACAUUGUUCAAAUAAUUGUUAUAAACAAAUGCAUUGUUAAUAAGAUUUAAAAAAAUUUUUUUUUGAAAUAAAAUGCUCAAUGAAAAUAAUGAUUUAUAAGAAAAAAAUCGUCUCUUAAUAAAAUUUGUUUAUUGCUAAAAACCGCAUUUGCUAAUUAACAAUUUUUUUUUGUUGCUUAGUAUUAAUAUUAAGGAACUAUUUUUUUUUCAAAUCAUAGUUUAUCAUUUUUUAAACGAACAAUUUAUUGUGAACAAAUGAAUUUGUAAAAUGAGCGAAUAAACUAAUUGGAUCUGGUUUAGGCGAGGUUAAUUAAACAAUUAAAAAUCACUCAGAUUUUUUCACAAAAUAAAUUAUAGAUUUAUUUACACUUAUUUACACUUAAAAAUUAUGAGAAUUAUGAUUAAUAGCGAAUGCGACUAGAUAAAUUAUACGCGAUAGCGAAUGCAACUCAAAGUUAUUUUAUUCACGUAUAAAUUGACACGUGGUCAGUAGCGGUUAAGUCAACAAUAAUUAAUUAACAAUUAAUUAUUGGCGAAAGAGCAAUUUAUUUAUUCUCAAUAAAUAGCAGCCUUGAUAUACUGUCUAAAUAUUGAGGAUAAGUCAGCGUAGCGAUUUAGUUAUAAUUUCACACAAGUUAAUUACUGAAGCGGUUCAAGCACGAGGUUGCAAGUAGCAAAGACACGUUGUAGAAACGUCUGAGCGAAGCGGUUAGACAGAUAGUUGUAGAAAGAAUAUAAUAGUAGCGUCGUUGAAUCGUCGAGAAGCUUGGUGUCGACGUGGCAGCCUUGCUGCAUAAAACGAAUUUUCUUAUUGGCUUAAAAGCGCGCUAACAGGUAUCAGUUGAUAGCGAACUAUCUCAUAGGCUGACCAAUAUAAAACGAAUUUUGUGAUUGGUUAGCUUGUAGCGGGUCCUCAGGACGUCUUGACACGAUUCUGAGUUAGAAAUUGUAUGUGCCGGGCCCAAAUAGCGAGUGACCCGGCACUAUUCUGACCUUCAGUCAGUAGCGAGUUCGGCAACUCCCGAACCGAGCGGAAAUGCACGAAGCUUGAUUCAAAUUAAUCAAGCUCGUGACUGAACAGAAUUUUUACGCUAUAUUUUUCUUUAAAUACUAAAAACAACUAUGUGUGUGUGUGUUUUUUUUUUUUU